GCAUUAUUUGUAGGGUUCCAGCUCCACAACCCCCAAAAGUCACCUCCCAGAAACUACACUAAAUCAAAAAAUUUAUUUUAACACAUUUUUUAUCAAAAAUUUACACUUUUGGGUGCCAUAACCCCACUUAAUCACGUGUGGCAACACUGGUCACUAGUCACAUAACCCAACUUUUUACGUUAGUUUUUUUUCUUAAAAAUGCGUUACGCUCAGCUUGUUGUGGGGCCUGCGGGUAGUGGCAAGUCGACUUAUUGUUCGGCUUUGGUGCAACACGCAAUCGACGCAAAAAGAACAAUAGAAGUGGUAAAUUUGGAUCCAGCGGCUGAAUAUUUCGACUAUGAGCCACGUGCCGACAUUCGAGAGUUGAUCCACGUGCAAGACACCAUGGAAGAUGAAGAAUUACAUUUUGGUCCGAAUGGGGGGCUCAUUUUUUGCAUUGAAUACCUUCUAGAGAAUUCUGAUUGGUUGCGAGACAAGUUGGGGGAGGAAGAGGACGAUUAUAUUCUAUUUGAUUGUCCAGGACAAAUCGAAUUAUACACACACUUAACCGCUAUGAAAAAACUAGUGAAAUUGUUACAAGACUGGAAUUUUAAUAUUUGUAGUGUUUUUUUGGUCGAUGUUCAGUUUAUGACAGAUGGGGCGAAAUUCCUGUCGGGGACAAUGGCCACGUUGAGUGUCAUGGUGAAUUUAGAACUGCCACAUGUGAAUCUUUUAUCAAAAAUGGAUUUAUUGAGCAAGGGGGCACGUAAACGUCUUGAUAGAUUUCUUGAGCCUGACGCUCAUGCCAUUCUAGGGGACAUUGAACUAAAUGGAAUGAAUGCCUUCAAUGAAAAGCAUAAAAAAUUGUCAGAAGCCAUAGGGGAAUUAAUCGAGAAUUAUUCCCUAGUCCGGUUUUUGCCCCUAAAUUUGAAAAACCAGGAAAGUAUUAGUGAUAUUUUGACAACGAUUGAUAACGUCAUACAGUAUGGAGAGGAUCAGGAUGUUCGGACACGUGAUUUCGAGGAGGAACCAAACGAGGACGAAUAAUAAAACCACGAUGAGAAUUUA